CAGGCAUGCGUCCUCGAGCACGCGGUAUAGCUCUAAUGAGAUCCGCGGUGGACGAUUUUUCUACCUGGUUAGCGUCUUCCGCGAACCUUGCGCGUGGCAAUGAAACAUCCGGAUCUACUGAGGAACACGCGACGAAUUUGGGUAUAUUACAGUGUCUCUUCGCAUGCCAAAACGAAGACUUUGGGAUCGGAGAAGAGCAUUUCCUAGGAGAAGAGGAUGAAGAUUAAGGCAUCAAGGAUUACUUUUUAUACUAAAAAGAGCACUUCCUAGGAGAAGAGGAUGAAGAUUAAGGCAUCAAGGAUUAUACUUUUUUUUUGGAUGUGGUAGGUUUUGGACGACUACGUCUACGACAUUUGGAUUUGAUAUCUACUUUUUAUACUUUGGUUUUGGACGACAUUAACAUUUGAUCUAAUUAUAAUAGAUAUCAAUCAUCUUCAUCGCCCAUUCUUACAACCGCAGGAAAUGCAUCAUCCCGCCGAUGGCCCAGUGUGGUCGUUUGGGAUGCAGUAUGAUGAUGAUUGAUUUCUUUGGAGAUGGAGAUGCAAAUGGUUCAUGUGUAGUUCUAAUUCGAAGAGUGAAGUAUGAACAAGAGUCACCACGCCUUUGAGAAAUAUUAAGUAAAUGGAAAAAGAAGUUGAAGUCGUGUUGCAAGAAAUGUAAUCCAAGAAAUGCAAAUCGUCCAUCAACAGGCUUUAAGAGGAUACUGCCAAUGGAGACGUCUUAGGCGGGAUCGAGACUUACCUUGCAAAGCGCGGCUGCGAAGCGUUCUCUGCAAUGAAGAGGAUCUCUACUAACUCCACAGAUUCUUUCACACUUUCUCCUUUACUGGCUGAAGAAAUACAUUUCAAUGGCGGUAGGAGCACCAGGAUUAUGAUGAGUCACUUCUUUACAAGCACUUCAUCUUCAACUUCUUCUUCGCAGAACAAUACGACCAAUAAGAGGGCCACCUUUAUUUCUGCGCCGGUAGUUGGUGAUACAACUUCGGUAACACUUCCUUUCCUCUUCUGCGGUUGGCGAGGUGCGUGGGAGGAUUUUGAGAAACAUAUUUGUCUCGCUGUCCCUACUGGUACAUUUUCGUCAGCCCCUGGGAUCAUGCUAGCGCAACAUCG